AUGGCGGAAAGCGAUGAGGGCGCGGAAGACAAGACCAACCCUGACAUAUUUAUAAAUAACGAAUGGCACCCCUCUGUAAGUGGCAAGACGUUUCCUACCGUCAAUCCCUCAACGGGCAAAAAAAUCUGCGACGUAGCCGCAGGCGAUAAGGCUGAUGUUGAUAAAGCCGUUGCAGCUGCUAAGAGUGCUUUUGCAUUCGGAUCGGAGUGGAGACGAAUGGAUGCAUCCGCCAGAGGCGCUCUCCUCAACCGAUUGGCUGAUCUUAUCGAACGGGAUCGUGAAUAUAUUGCAUCCCUCGAAACGCUUGAUAAUGGAAAAACUUUCAAAGAAGCAUAUGAAGUAGACCUCGCACUGGUUAUCAAAUGUUUCCGAUAUUACGCCGGAUGGGCCAACAAAUAUCACGGAAAGACAAUCCCUAUCGACGGUGACUACAUUUCGUUUACCCGUCAGGAACCUGUGGGUGUUUGUGGACAAAUCAUUCCCUGGAAUUUCCCCCUUCUCAUGCAGGCCUGGAAGUUUGCUCCCGCCUUGGCCAUGGGCAAUACUGUGGUGAUGAAGACCGCUGAGCAGACUCCACUGACGGCCAACUACGUGGCCAACCUCACCAAAGAGGCCGGUUUUCCAGCAGGUGUUGUGAAUAUUGUUCCAGGGCUCGGUGCAACUGCUGGGGCCGCUCUGACCCUGCAUCCGGACGUGGACAAGAUUGCCUUCACGGGAAGCACAGAGAUUGGUCAGUUGGUUGCACAGAACGCCAACAAGGUCAACACCAAACGCAUCACCCUCGAGCUGGGCGGUAAAAGUCCCGUGCUAGUCUUCAAGGACGCCGACAGUAAGUCCUUCGCUUUCAGUUUCAUCCGUUACUUCUCUUUCCUUUCCCUUCCUGAUCUACUUUGCCAUGCUUCUAUCAUUUUCCCGUCCUUUCCCAUCAUAUACUUCAAAGAGCUCUUAUUUUAUAUGUUUUUCUUACACUACUAUUCCAUAUACUUCCCACCUUUCUGCUCAUUUUUCUCACAACGAGCUCGACCUAUCUUUCCCGCAGUGACUCGUUUUUCUGUUUGUGAGCCGUCAUUAGCCAGCCAGGUUUGCGGGGCCACGGAGUUUGGAUGA